CGCUAGCUUGGAUAUUUCCAAGCAAUGAUUGCACCACUUGUACACUAUUGGCGACCGUGACCGUCUCUACCUAGGUUGUCUGUGAUUUCAGACCUAGGUACUUGCCCUCCUUUCCAUCCUGUUCCCAAAAAGAUACUUCAAUCGUUGCCCACCAUAGCUUCUUCAGCCGAGUCUGGAAGCCCCUCCUCCUCUAGACCCAACCAACCCGCGGCAGACCAUCACGAGAACGACAACAAGGUGCCACCCGGAACACCACCAAGCCCAGCUGCUGGAGACCAUAACACCAAGGACAGGGGAGGGAGGACAAGAGGAAGAAUUGGAAAAGACCAUCAUCCCCGCAGCAGCAUUCUCUUUUCUGUCUCUGCGCAACCAAGCAGGACACAACGAGACCAAGACGGAUUCGAGCUCCAGCCCUAUCCGCAAUCCAGCAGGCAGCCUCACACUCGCACAGCCGACGACACAGCUGACACCAACCGCAACCCCAAUCCGCCCCGUGAUCGCGCCGCGGCCAAGGAAGAAAAGAGGGCCAGGAAGCGCCGCUGGCUUGAGGCACAGGACGACAUGAAGUUUUCUCACAGUAUCCAGUUCAAUGCGGUGCCGGACUGGAGCACACAUUACAUCGCAUACAGCAACCUCAAGAAGCUCAUCUACCAGCUCGAAAAGGUUAUCCACCUGUCAUCCGGCGGCGAUGGCGAGUCGCGCCCGCUGAUUCAACAUGAAGACCCCGAAAUCGUCUUCGUUCGAGCCCUGGAUGUCGAGCUGGAAAAGGUCUUGUCCUUCUAUACUGUCAAGGAGAGGGAGCUGUUCGAGGAGGUACAGAACGUCUUGCGCGACGUCGACGCAUUCGAUGAGCAGUCCGGUGACACCGACCAAGAGCGCCAACUUCGUCCCCCUACCCGUGGCAGCGAACAACAGAGACCUUUGCGAGCCCGGAGCGAAAGUCUGCCGAGCCGGGCCUCGACUGACGAGGGUUCCAACAGCGACCAGAGUGACAAUGAGAACACCGGCCUGAACACACGGGGGAAACAGAGGCGGUUGAGCCCGGGGAGGCGAAAAUCUAGCACUGUUAUCCCUGGACACAUGAUGUCCUCCAUUGGCGACAUGACAGCCUCUACAGAAAUGACGAGGUCUCGCAGGUUCAGCACUACCUUUGACGACGACUAUGCCGAGCAGGCUGUCUUGUUCUCCUCGGGCAUCAUGCUCAAGAAGAGGAUCAUCAACCUCUACGUCCAGCUGUGCGAGCUCAAGUCGUACAUCCAGCUGAACAGGACGGGCUUUAGCAAGGUCCUGAAAAAGUUCGACAAGAUCAUUGACAGACAGUUGCGUUCCAAGUACAUGGACACCUUCGUUGAUACCGCAUACGCCUUCCGUCCAGAGACCACCAAGACCUUGGAAGAACAGAUCCACCUGAUGGUCCACGCAUACAUGGACAUCGUUACUCAGGGUGACGAGGCGGCGGCCACGCGUGAUUUGCGAUCGCACCUUCGAGAGCACGUCGUCUGGGAACGAAACACGGUCUGGAGAGAGCUCAUCGGUAUGGAGCGGCGAGCUGAAGCCGCAAGUCUGGGACAUACUCUUUUAGGGCGAGAUACCGACCCAACCAGCCACCGUCUCCAGGGCGACGAUGAGCUGAUGUUGCCGACCAAGGAAAUCGCAACACCGCUUGGUCGCUUCAGAUUGCCUGCUUGGCUAGUCAGCUCAACUCUGAUGACUCUCGUCAUCAUCUUUGCCAUCUUCUUCGCCCUGCUCUUCAUUCCCAUCAUGAAGAAGCCCGAGCAGCAAAAUUGCCUGGCAUUGCUGGUAUUUGUCAGUUUGCUCUGGGCUACCGAGGCCAUUCCCCUUUUCGUCACCUCGCUCACCAUACCUUUCCUCUGCGUUGUUCUUCGAGUCUUUCGCGAUGCCGACAAGCCCCAUCACAGACUGGGUGCCAAGGCGACCACGGAUGCUGUCUUCUCGGCCAUGUGGACGCCUGUCAUUAUGCUCCUGCUUGGUGGCUUCACUCUCGCAGCGGCUCUCUCCAAGUGCGGUAUCGACAAGCGCAUAGCGACUUUUGUUCUCAGCAAGGCAGGAACACAACCUAGGACGGUUCUCAUUGCCAACAUGGCUGUGGCCGCAUUCGCCAGUAUGCUGAUCAGCAACGUCGCCGCUCCUGUCCUCUGCUUUGGCAUCAUCGAGCCCAUGCUUCGCAACCUCCCAGCUGGUUCCAACAUGUCCAAAGCCGUCAUCAUGGGCAUCGCCCUCGCCUCCAACGUAGGCGGCAUGCUCUCGCCCAUUGCCUCCCCGCAAAACAUUGUCGCCAUCGGCCUGAUGGAGCCCCCUCCCACUUGGGGCGAAUGGUUCUUCAUCGUCAUCCCCGUCGGCGUCAUCUCCCUGCUUCUCAUCUGGGUCCUCCUGCUCCUCACCUUCCAGCCGGGCAAGGGUACCUCCAUUGUGCCCAUCCGCCCCGUCAAGGACCGCUUCACGGGCGUGCAGUGGUUCGUCACCCUCGUGACCGUCGCCACCAUCGGCCUGUGGUGCGCCUCUCACCAGCUCGAGGCCGAGUUCGGACAUAUGGGCGUCAUUGCCAUUAUUCCCAUUGUCUUAUUCUUUGGCGUCGGUAUCCUCACCAAGGAAGAUUUUAACAACUUCCCCUGGACCAUCAUCAUCCUGGCAGCUGGUGGACUGGCGCUCGGCAAGGCGGUUAACUCGUCUGGCCUGCUGCACACUGUCACCAGGUUGAUCACCGAGGAUGUCCAGGAUUUCAGCCUUUACGGUGUCCUGAUUGUCUUCUCGAGCUUGAUUCUGGUGAUUGCCACGUUCAUCAGCCACACCGUUGCAGCGCUCAUCAUUUUGCCGCUGGUGUACGAUGUCGGGAAGGGGUUGGACGAGCCGCACCCGAACUUGUUGGUCAUGGCGGGUGUGUUGAUGUGCAGUGCUGCUAUGGCGCUACCUACUUCAGGAUUCCCUAACAUGACCGCUAUCAUGAAGGAAGACCCAGCUGGCCAGCGCUACCUGCAAGUCAAGCACUUUAUCAGCCGUGGCGUGCCCAGCAGUUUGCUGACCCUGUUGGUGACCGUCACGGUUGGUUAUGCUGCUAUGAGGGUUGUUGGUAUGUAAGGGGCCUACUCAUCAUUGCGUAGAUAUAUUCUUGAAUUUAUGGUGGCUAUAGAGUUGGGCUGGUAGUAUGAAUGAAGAAAGCGGAUCAUGGGCGGGUAGAGGAGGAGGACGAGGAUUUCUAGACAGUGAUGAUCAAGCGUUUCGGCGGUGUGUUUUUGGAGUAAAUGAUCCCGUUUUUAUUGAUGUAUUCCUUUUUGUUGUUUCGCGUUGAUUAUGCCUUUAAUGAAGACAGCGGCGCAGAUCCGGGAGUGGGAAGGGAAAUCUAAUUGGGCUUUCUCUUCUUCUAUUCCUGCUGGAUUUUCUAUUGUGAUGAAGGUUGACUAAAGGGGUAGAUUUCAUGCAUAGCGGCCCCUAGUAUGAUCAUGACCAAUUCUCUCAUAGUCCGGUACGUUUUCUUCAUGCACUCGUACCAAUUCGUGUUGAGCCGCAUACAGCACAUCACAUAGGCAAGGGCCGGAUAAAGUGUAACCCCAGAAUAUCAUGGAUGGAACAACAGAUCCAAGGACUACCACCAUACACAGCAUAAGAGAUCCUUCUUCCCUCUUAUACCCUCUUCUUCCUAGCGCUCUCCCCUUUAUCGCUGUUCCAAAUCACUCACUCAUCCUCCUCAACAACCUCCUCGCCAUAGUUCUCCUCCUCCUUGGCCUCUGCCUCCUUCCCCUUGCUCUGGUCACCGCCACCAUUCUGACCCGCCCGCUUGUUGUCCUCCUCCAUCCGCUGCGUGAGUUCCCGGUUGAUGUCGUCUUGGAAGGUGGCGGCGAUUUGCCGGAGUUCGUGGAGGUACUUGGCGCGGUCGGAGGUGGUCAUUUCUUCUGAUGAUGAUGAAGAGGUUGAAGAAUGGGUUGAAGUCGUGGUGGGGAC